GCCGCGUGGCGCACCGACUAGCUGACGCCGCCGCCGCCGCGUUGUGGGGGACUCGGGCCGAUCUCCUCCGGAUACAGAGUCGUGCGUCCGCCGCACGCUGUUGCCGAUCUGUCUCCUCGACGCUGCUCCGCUCACAAGGUUUGGUAGGGUUUUUGGAGCGGGAACGGUAGCCGCCGCUUGCGGAAACCCGCGCCCCUCUCAGGAGACGACCGACGAUCGCGUCACCCCCCUCGGACGGCGCCUGAUCUUCCCCGCGUAGCGUUGCUUUUCCUUCUCAGGGAUCAAAACCCUUAUUGGAUAAAACAAAGGGCAUAUUUGACGAUGGGUUUCGAUAAUGAAUGUAUUCUGAAUAUCCAAACUCUUCCUGGUGAAUAUUUCUGUCCUGUUUGUCGGACACUCAUAUGUCCCAAUGAAGCUCUGCAAACUCAGUGCACACAUCUCUACUGCAAGCCCUGUUUGGCUUACAUAGUGGCAACCACACAAGCCUGCCCUUAUGAUGGCUACUUGGUUACAGAAGCUGAUUCCAAGCCUCUGAUUGAAUCAAAUAAACCCCUUGCUGAGACAAUUGGUAAAGUUACAGUCCACUGCCAGUAUCACAAGAGUGGCUGUCAAUGGCAUGGUAAUCUGUCUGACUGCAUCACACAUGGCGCUACUUGUGCCUAUGGGAACUCCCCUGUAGUUUGUAACCGUUGUAGUACUCAGAUUGUACAUCGUCAAGUGCAAGAACAUGCUCAACUCUGUCCAGGUUUGCAACCUCAUGCGCAAGCACAACACACUGACAGUAGUAUGAUGCAGUCAUCAUCAGCGGCAACCCAGGCAGCCAUGCAAGGUCCUUCUGCAGUCGCCUCAGCAGUCCCCAUGAUACCUGUUACAGCAGCUCCUACAACAGUACUAUCGACAGCUACGGCCAGAACUGGAACAGCUUCUGCACUCCCAGUUGGUUCAGCUGGUGCAACCACAGGAAGCACUGUGCCUGUGGCUCCUUCCCUUCAAGUGGCACCUACUGCUGCUACUCAGGGUCAAGCAGUUGCUCCCCAAACUCCUACAGCUGAGCAAUACCAGCAGCAGCUCCAGUACCAGCAGUACUACCAGCAACAAUACCCUGGAUAUAACCCCUACAUGCAGCAGUAUCAACAAUAUGGUCAGUACCAACAGUACACACAACCUCAGGCACAAAUUGCACCCCAGAAUGUGGCUCAAGCCCCUGUGCAAUCUGCUUCAUAUGCUCAGUCUCAAGUUCUACAGCCUAAUCAACCCCAACACAUGGUGCCAUUCCAACCUCAGAAUCAGCCCCACCUUCCCCAACUCCAAGCACCAGCAGUUCAGCCACAGUCUCAGCAGCAUCCGCCAUUGCAAUCAGCACCUCAAACACAAAUUCCACAGCUACAACCACAAAGCCAAGUACCUCUCCAACAGCCUCAACCCCAUACGCAACCUACAAACCAUACACCAGUCCCUACACAAGUUGGUAGCCAGCCAUUUGCAAUACCUUCUACUCAGGCAACACCCUCUGAGGUUCAGCCACACCAUCAGGUUAUGGCUCAGCAACAACAGCCACAACUGCAGCACUUACCGCAGCAGCAGCAAUCUUAUCCACAUAUGCAGGCAUAUCAUCAGCCUCCUCCAAUGCCUCAUGCACAACCUCAGAAUCCGUCAGUGCAUGCAGUAACUGGUCAUCAACCAUAUUCACAGCCUCAGCCAGCAAAUCAGAUGCAACAAGGAGCUCCAUUGCAGCGUUCUCUACAUGUAUCUCAUCAGCAAAUGCCUAGUGCCCAGCAUCAUGCACUUGCACAUCCUUCACAGGGUCAACAGCCAGCUAUGAUGGCUCAAGGAACUCAACAUACACAACAACAUCAGCAUGUUGGGCAUCAUGCCCAGCGGCAAGAAAUACAUGCUAGCAUUCCUCCACAGGCAGCACCGCAACGAUUCCCUCCAAAGACAUCUGCCCCCUCACAAACAGGUCAAUCAUACCAACAAGGAAUGCCCUCAUCACAACCGCUGAUGCACGCUCCACUCCAAUCUCAAGGUCAACAAUUUAUGCAACAGCACCAUGCUCAUACUUCCGCAGGUAGGUCUAUGAAUUAUGUUGCACCACCAGAGCAGUUCCAAAAUCAAUCUGGGGGUCCAGUUAAAGGUUUACAGGCAAGUGCGAUGAAUCAACAACCACCAACGCGUAUGGCCUCUGACAAUGUGGGAGCAACAUCUGAAUCACAUGGAGCUGGACAACCUUUUGGUCAGGGUUCUUUGUCUUUAAAAAUCCCUACUUUGGAAGCUGAGAAAUUAGAAAAUGCAACUAAUGCUACCGGCAGUACAGAAGUAAGUGGCAAAAAAGGAAGUGCUGAAUCAGCUCUUGUAAAUCCUAUUGCAUCGGGUGGAUCAGAUGGUUCAGAAAAGAAGAAGGGGAAAGGAAAAGUUGACUUUGCUGCUUGGGAAAGUAAUUCACAUGAUCCAGAUGCUCUGGGGGGCAGAGGGACUAGGUCUGAUAUAUCAAGUGAUCUUGUGAAAGGAAUGUCGUUACAGCAGGCACCACAGCAAAAUAUGGCUGCAUUGGGAUCGUAUGCACCGCCAGGCAUGGGACCACAGCAUCCAUAUGGACCUGAUUCAAAGCUUCCUCAACAUAUGCGGCAGCCUGGGCAUAUGCCAUAUAUGCAGGGUCUGCCAAAUCAAAUGAGGCCACCUAAACAUUCUUUUCCUGAAAAUAGUCAGCCUCCUAUGCAACAACCAUAUGAAAUGGCACCUAGGAUGCUUGGUCUGAACUCAAAUCAGAUGCAAAUUUCACAGCCGAUUAGACCUGAUGGUGGUAUGAUUCGACCACCAGUUGGGGCAGCAUUGCCUGGACAGCAUGAUUCAACAGUUCCCCCUUUUGCACCUGAACAUGUUGGUCGGUCACAUCCUCCUGGAACUAAAAAGAACAAUAAUAUUGGCGGUGGACCACGUGGAGGUUCAAAGGCUUUGUAUGAAGUUGGAACCAAUUCUUCACAGAAACAUUCCAGGCCAUUUGCAGCAUAUCCUGGCAGAAACCAUGUCAGCCAUAAAGAUUUUGAAGAGAACAUGAAGCAAUUUUCAGUGCCAACUCACCUUGAAGGUGAAGGUCUUCAAAGAGGUUCUAGACCUUUUGAAGGAGGAUUAGGUAGACCAGAUGGCUUUUCUGAUUCAUUACCUGGAAGGCAUCCAUUGGCAAAUCAUCAUCCAGGUUCAUUUCCUAUAGGCUACGGGGAAGAUUAUCCAAGGAAGCCUAAUUCGACUGACUUCAUUUCACCUGGUGGAGAAUUUGGCCAUCGUGGUAUUGAUGGAAUGCCUAUUCUUAGAAAUCCAGGUCCAUUUCUUCAAGGGAUGACAGGUGGGCCUGGAGGUCUGCAUAAAGAUCAUCUAGGCUCUAGUAACCUUCCUGGGAAUGGACAGCAUGAUUUUGAUAAAUCUGAGUUCCCUCAUACUCGUUUACAUCCUAGCGAUACGUUUGUGCCAAGAAAUCUGCAUGGUGGUGGUUGGGGUGGUGGCCAAUUGCAUGGCACUGAGGACUAUGGCUACAGAGGUCACAUGCAUGCAGAUGAUCCAAAUCUUCCUAUUGAUUAUCCUCGGCAUGGUUUUCCACAAGAAUCUGCCCACUUUGGUUCGGGUGGACACUUGAGAAAUGGAGAUGUCAGUUGGUGCCGGAUAUGCAAUAUUAGCUGUGGUACUGUUGAGAACCUGAAUAUACAUGUAGAGACCAGGGAACACCAGCAACAUGCAAUGGACAUUGUUCUGAAAAUGAAGCAAGAUGUUGCAAAGAGGAGAAAGAUGAACUCUGGAGGUCCCAAGUCAUUCAAGAAAAAGGUAGCUGGGAAGGGCAGCUUCCGUGGAAAUAGGCGUUAGAACUUUGUUCCUUGGAGAUAGGCACCGGAAAUAGCUGGGAAGGUUGCUGGUAUGCUUUUGGAACUAUCUGAGACCAUUGAAAUUGAGUUCCUGUCCAUACAUUUUGGUUAAGGUAGUGCUGCAUGUUUGGAAUAGAAUUUGCAGUGGUUCUGAACUUAUGUUACCGUUUUACCAUGUUGUCAUGUGGACUUUACCUGCUUUUGUGGAGCUCGUUGCUCCUAUGUUGGAUGCUCAGAAGUCUCUGAGGAUGCUUAUCUUUCUGGAUCUGCAGUACUUUAAUUUUGUACACCUGAAUAUGUGACAAUGCACAAUGCAUGACUCCAUGUUUAUCCACUAGGCUCAGAUGACUUGUUGGUUUUUUUAUAUGGUAUAAUGGCCCUAAAUGGCGAAAACAAUACAGAAAAGUUUUACAAAAGAUCCAUAGCUAUUUUUCUUGUGGGAAUUUAAAUAAACUAUACAAUUAGAUAUGAAACCCUGCAAACAUUUUUUUUCUAUGCAAGAGACUAGUGGAAUCAUUUUUGGUGGGCACUUCCAGUGUGUGAAAUGACUAUCAGUUGCUAACAUUGAAUUCCAGGACAUACAUUUGCUUGUGUAUUCUCACAAUGUUAACUAUAAAAGAAUAUUUAAUUAAACCCUAUGACCCUAGCCCUUCCCAUUAUGAAUGUAUGAUGAUUGGCUCUUCCUACUUUCCAUAGUUGUGAUGAGGUGUAAGAAAUUGGUGCCAACACAAAUUGAUGUCAAACAUUUGUCCCUUCCUUAUGUUCUACUAGGUUUUAGAGAUUAACUUUAUUCUACUUUGUUAAAAUUUUGGUUCCCAAAUCCCAAUUGAUGCGUAAUAAUUUUGAAUGCGGACUGGCUGAAACUGAGCACGUUCGAAAAUUAAGAUUAAAUGACCAGUACUGGAGAUAGCCUAGUAUUGUUCUUCUCUCUCGCGUCCUGUUUUUGAUUCUGGAAUUUUUUAGAUAUUUAAGGUCUGCUGCCUUAUCAGCCUGAAUAGAACUACCCAUAGGAAAAUAUGUGGACUUACUUUUUUUUUUACUGUAAUGUGUCACCUAACGUUGAGUUCUGUCCUUAAUGUUUGGCUAAAUGCCUGAUUUUUUGUACAACCAUGGGGGCAUCCCAACUCCAAAAUGUCAGUGAGCAGGCAGAAAACCAAACUAUCAUUUGACAGGAACAUGGAUCCUGUAUAUCUUAGCAUGUCAGCAUGUAGGAGUGGUAUGUUAGUGUAGUCCAAUUGAAAGUGGCCAUAUUUUCCUAGGUCAUUGUGGCUUUGUUGCAUUUUCCAUGGGACACUCCAAAAACAUGUCUUUGCAUAUGGCACUUAUGUUUUGUGGUUAUUUGCUAACUCACACUCUUGCCAUUAUUGUAUCAUUUUUGGUUUAACUUGAUCCAGUUAUAUUUUCGCCCCUAACCUUGGAAACAAAAUAUUUCAGUGGACUAAUAUAACGAAAAUUUUUGAAGUUUUGAAAAAUUGAUGACAAAAAUUGAACAAAAUUUGGCCGAAUUUAAACAAAUUGUGCUAAUUCCGAAACAAAUUGUAGAAAUCAAAGCAUUUCAGAGGACCAAUAUAAUGUAAAUUUUCCAACCAAAAUUGAACAAAUUUUGGCUGGAUUCACAUUUUUUCUAAAUUAAAAAUGUAACUUUUUGUAGGAAAGUUAUCCUACCAGGUGGCCCAUAAUGUCAGUCAUUUCAGUUUGAUUUACAGAACUCUAGCCUACAACUUGUCAUGGGGGUAAAAUGUCAUUUCCAAAUUUCUCUCUGCAGUUGAGCCAAAAAUGUUUAAAUUUGCCAAUAGCGUGUUUGAGAAAAUUCACAGCAAAAUACCAAAUCGAAGUGUCCUAUUGCAAAACCAUGUUUUUGGAGUGUCUUGCGACAAAUGGCAUGAAAGUAUAAUGUCCUAUAGCAAAUUUUACGAAAAGUAAUAGCACCAGCAAACUAUGCACAGCACCAAACGAAAGCACAUACUAAGAAAAAGAUAAAUUAAAAGGAUGUAAUUGUUUUUGAGAUGGACUGUAGUAUAUGAGCCAUUGAUGCCAAAUUCCCAAUUAAAAGACUUUUACUCUUUACUCAUUUGCUAGUUCUUGUAGACAGUGAUGUGUUUGAGUAAAUGGAUUAGAACUCGAUGAGGAACAUUUGCAUGCUGUUGAUGUAAUGUUUUCAGUUUUAGUUUUGAAGAACACAGCUUGAUAUGCCUUAUCUAAUGAUGCUUAAUGUGAUGAUCAAUUAAUUAAUAACAUAGAUUUGUUUCCUUGGCAGUAGCCUUCUCUUGUGUUCCCCCCAAAGUGAUCAUUAAAUCAUUUGU